AUGGUCAGAGCUAUCGUAUCCAACAUAGAAAUCAGCCUCUCCAAGUCCUUAGGUGAACAUAUCUUAAAACAUCAAGAUAUCGCCUUAAAAUCCGCCAGAAAGUUCAAUCUGGCAAUCAGCGGAGGAUCCUUAAUCAAUGUCUUACGUGCUGCAUUCAUUGAAGACAAAACAUUAGCCUCCAAAGUCGAUUGGCAUCAAUGGAAUAUCUUCUUCGUAGAUGAAAGAAUUGUCCCAUUAGAUAAUCCAGAUAGUAAUUUUGGUGCAUUCAAAAAAGCUGUCUUGGAUUCAUUACCUGAAAAUAAAAGACCUACCGUUUAUACCAUAGAUGAACAAUUAGUCAAAGAUGGUAAAGAUUCAUACCCCUUGAUCGCAAUGGAAUAUGAAAAAAUCUUACCUGAAAAACUCGAUUUGGUCAUAUUGGGGUGUGGUCCUGAUGGUCAUACUUGUUCAUUGUUCCCUGGGGAAAGUCAUAGAUAUUUAUUGGAUGAAAAGGCAAAGAAAGUUAUGUGGUGUCAAGAUUCUCCAAAACCUCCAAGUGAUAGAAUUACAGUAACUUUGCCUCUCUUGGGUAAUUCAAAUGAAAUCUUUUUCGUCGCUGAGGGAAGUUCAAAACAAGAUAUUAUGCAUGAGAUUUUUGAUAAGGAAAAUUUGGAAUUACCUUGUGCCUUGGUUAACCAUUUGUAUGGAAAUAAAGUUACUUGGUUCGUUAACGACGAAGCUGUAAAGAAAGUUGAAAAAGAUAUUCAAUCUAUUAAUUGA